AAGGUCCACCCACAGGCCAGCGGGUAAUUCUCGGCGGCCAAUCGGCUGGGGAAGAGUAAGCUACGUUAGCUUGCCCAAAGCAGAGAAGCCGUCCUUGCACUCUACAUCAUCGUCACUUUUGGUGGUGGCUUGUCGUUUGCAUUGCUGUUUGUGUUUUUAUAUUGGAUGCCGCCAUCAAUCGCAUGUGAAAUACCUCCGACUUAAUACUUGCAACACCGAUACUCCAGUUUUCAAACAGAGAAGCAUCACACCGUCGGCUCAAGCACCACCGAUCGCAGCCAUGUCGUCAGCCCUCGUGAGGGCCAGCCUCCGCGCACCGCUGCAGCAGGCUCGCUUUAUCAACACAUCUGCUCGCGGGUUGCUGCCCGCUGGAUUCCCAGGAAGCAGUUCGCCUCCUUCGUAUUUCCAGAAACCGCGCCUUCCAGCCAACACUGUUGUGCGCUUCGUUCCUCAGCAGACAGCAUGGAUUGUUGAGCGAAUGGGCAAGUUCAACCGCAUCCUCGAUCCUGGAUUGGCUAUUCUCAUGCCCUUUAUCGAUCGCAUUGCCUACGUCAAGAGCCUGAAAGAAGUGGCUAUUGAGAUCCCGAGUCAAAGCGCCAUCACAGCCGACAACGUGACGCUCGAGCUGGACGGUGUGCUAUUCACGAGGGUCUUUGACGCAUACAAGGCAAGUUAUGGUGUAGAAGAUGCCGAAUAUGCCAUCUCCCAGCUUGCCCAAACGACGAUGCGAUCCGAGAUUGGUCAGCUCACUCUGGACCACGUCCUUAAGGAGCGUGCUGCCUUGAACACAAAUAUCACCGCAGCCAUCAACGACGCAGCAGAGGCUUGGGGAGUUACCUGCCUGCGUUACGAAAUUCGAGAUAUCCACGCCCCUGAUGCCGUUGUCGAAGCCAUGCACCGCCAGGUUACUGCCGAACGAAGCAAGCGAGCAGAAAUUCUCGAUUCCGAAGGUCAGCGCCAGAGCGCCAUCAACAUUGCCGAGGGUCGCAAGCAGAGUGUCAUUCUUGCCUCUGAAGCUAUGCGCGCCGAGCGUAUCAACGAGGCGGAUGGUGAGGCUGAGGCUAUUCUCCUCAAAGCCCGAGCUACCGCCGAGGGUAUUGACGCUGUGUCGAAGAGCAUCCUCCAAGGUGCUGAGGGUGCCCAGGGCGCCAUCUCCCUGACGGUCGCCGAGAAGUACGUCGAUGCCUUUGCCAAGCUGGCCAAGGAGAGCACUGCUGUUGUUGUUCCCGGCAAUGUCGGCGAUAUCGGCGGCAUGAUUGCCACUGGCCUCAGCGUCUACGGCAAGGUCGGCGAGGCUCAGGCCCGCACCAUGGCAAAGCAGAUUACCGGCGCGUCAGAGACCGCAUCAUCCCCCGAACUCAAGGAGGAAAGCAAGACAGAUGUCAAGCAGACUGUACUGGACAGCUUCAACAACGCAACCUCUAAGCAGUGAAGCAAAGUUGUCAUUGCCGACCUUGACUAAAAUAUAACGAGCCAUGUCCCACAGAGUAUAUACGGAUUCCACUUCCGACGCGAUAGCUCACCCUCUCAACCGAACCUCUUCUUUGUUUUUGUUCCUUUUUUGCAUUACAACACUUGGCGCAAUGGCAAAAUGGGUCAGACCAAUACUCAAACCACGCACACCGUCAGCGCUAAGCAAGGCGAUGGGAGAUGGCAAAAAGCAGAAAAACAAAACCAUGUAUUAUGUAUCAUCACAACUCGAGAUAUCUUUUAACAACGCUAAAGCAAAUGUAACGCCUUUACUCUUC